CGUAUUGUGCAAGCUAUGCUAGGGUACCUUCCUACGAAGCACCUUUGCUGCCACCCCAAUCUCAUAUACCCCACCCUUGCAAAAUGGAUUCACUCAAGCACAUAAGCCGGAUCUUCCUGGGUCUCAGUGGAGAGCGAGGCAAGGCGAGCAUGAAUUCGCCAUUCAACACAAAUGAUUUAGAGGACUACGCAAAGUUCAAAAGGCUAUUUAGCCAAACACGUUGGUUGGGGGAAGGGGGUGAUGGCACAGUCUACGCAUACCAACACAAAUAUUCAAAAGCGCUUAUUGCAGUAAAGACUCCAAUUGCGUACGACACUCCAUACCAUGCAUCUCAAGCAGCCAAGCGCAUCAAUGAAGAGAUCGUAAAUCUUACAAUCCUCGGUCAACAUGAGCACAUCGCCGGAAUGCUAGCAUGGUCGCAUAACCAUCAUCCCGCGGCCCCAGCAAUCUUCCUUCCAUUCUGCCAGCUAGGAGAUCUUCUUACGUACAUGGCCGACUAUAAAAAACAGCAACUCCAUCAUUCAGCGUCUAUCAUACGAACAUCCGAAGUCACGAUCUGGAAGUGUCUUCGCGAUAUGGCUCUUGCUCUGGAUUACUUGCACAAUAUGAACGACGAUUUUGGCUACGUACACAACGACAUCAAACCAGACAACAUCCUAGUCGAAUUUCCCAAAGGCUGGAACACAGAAGAUGGGAUUCCCGAUGAACCAGUUUUCAGAUUAACUGACUUCGCUCGCAUGACAAGAUACCCUCUACUCGAAGGCGAGAAGCCCAACAAAGAUUUUCUCGGUACACCCGAAUACGCACCACCAUUAGCUGAACAAAGGAACCAGCGUCCGUCCGCUGAUAUCUGGGCUCUGGGUGCAACCUUACAAACGCUCGCUUUGCGCAUGUAUCCCGUUCAAUCGCGGGAGUCUUUCAUUGAGAGCCGCUUGAAAGCAUACAAACCAGCGCCUAUCCUGGAAGACGACGGCGCCUGGAAACGAGUGCAUUGGCGCGUUCUCAUACCCACCGUUUAUCGACCCCUCAAUGCUACACAAGAGGAACUCGAAAAGUACCACGACGUCCGGAGAAGUAUCUCUACCGACGAUGUGGACGCGCAUAGGGUGUGGAAGCAUAGGCCGUAUAGUAAAACACUCAAUAUCUGGUAUAAGAGCAUGUGGAACCGAGACGAGGAGAAAAGAAUUACGGCGAAGCAGCUUGUCGAGUGGUGUGUUCCGCUAGUUUCGAGGUAUAUUCGUGUCGCACGAAAUACGGAAAAGGCUGAAGAGUGCUUUGAGAAGGCGAAGAUGUCGAGGGAAGAGGUCGAGGGGAAACAGCAGAAUAGGGAGCUGAGGGUCAGGGCUAUCGAGCUUUUUGAUGCGCCUAGCUAUGAAGGUAAUGGUUAUGGUAGUCUUUAA